AUGUCGAUCGAAGUGUUAUCAGGAAAGGUAUUUUUAGUAGUCACUGGUGCAAGCCGUGGAAUUGGAAAACAACUUGCAAUAUCUGUUGGUUCGAUCCUAGAGAAAGGUUCACAUGUACUUUUAUUAGCAACAAAUCUGAAUGCUUUGAAAGAAACAGCAAAAAAUAUUCCUACAAGUAUAUCUGUUGACACCGUUAGUGUUGAUUUAGCUUUAGGAACAAAAGAAAAAUUACAUGAUAUUGUAAUGCAGUCUUUAAAAAAUCAGGUUUUAAAUCAAUUUGAUCGAGUAGUUGUGAUACACAAUGUUGGUACGAUGGGACAUGUGAAUCAAUAUACAAAUGAUUUGACUGACAUUAAUGUCUGGCAUAAUUAUUAUGACUUAAAUGUUUUUAUUCCUGCUAUAUUAAAUGGAGUAAUUAUGCAAAUAUUCAAUGAAAAUACAAAUACGGAAAAACUGGUUAUAAACAUUACAUCAUUGUUUGGUAUACAACCAGGAAAAUGCUUAGCUUACUAUUGUUCAGGAAAAGCUGCACGGGAAAUGAUCUUUAAAGUGUUUGCAUUAGAAAAUCCAGAAAUCAAUGUAUUAAAUUAUUCACCAGGACCAGUUGAAACUGAUAUGUACUAUGAAAUUUGCAAUGAAGUUGCUGACGAUCAAACUAAAACACAGUUCAAUGAUAUGUUAACAAAAAAAACUGUUCUGACUUGUGAACAAACAGUUAAUCGUCUUUUAACGGUUCUUAAAGAACAAAAGUAUAAAUCCGGUGAUCACGUUGAUUAUUAUGACGAGUUAUAAAUUGUAUAAAUUUAUUGACACAGUUUAUUUGUAUCCACUUAUCAUUUCUAAAUCUCACAAAGCGAACAAAUGAAUAUUUUAAUAAACUGUUUACAGGAUUACUUCAAAUGAUUUACACUUUAUUUGAUAUUGUUGUUACAUUAUAAAAACAUACAAACAAUAUGCUAUAUAUAUAUAAACUAAUAUUAUAAAAUGUUUGUACUGGAAGAUACUAAGUUCUCCCAUUAUAACCUUAUGGUUACUGUAACAAUUCUUUAGAAUAAACAUCUUUUAUCGAA